UCCACCGCUCUCCACUCUCCUGGGAAACCCAAGUGAAAAAAUUAAUUUUUCCCAAGAACAGUCCCUCGUGGUUGAGUCGGAAGAUGACGAAGAUGCAGCGGAAGAGUAAGAAAAAUGAAGUGGUCGAGUUGUCUUCAAGGGUUGAUGAUGCUGGUCGGCCACAAUGGCUGCCAAAGCGCACCAAGUGUCCUGGAGUUCGGGUCAUCGGAGGCAGGAUCUAUGAUUCUGAGCUUGGAAAGACUUGUCAUCAGUGUCGGCAAAAGACGCGGGAUUUUAUGGCUUCCUGCAAGAAUCGGGAAAACGAAAAGAUUUGUCCCAUUAAAUUCUGCCACAAAUGCCUCCAGAACAGAUAUGGAGAGAAGGCAGAAGAAAUGGAUGUGUUGAAUGCCUGGAAGUGUCCCAAGUGCAGAGGCAUAUGCAAUUGCAGUGUCUGCAUGAAGAGAAGAGGUCACAAACCCACUGGUAUACUUGUGCUCAGAGCCAAGGCAUCUGGGUUUUCCUCUGUUUCAGAGAUGCUGACUGUUAAGGCUACCGAGAAUCUUAGUCAUAACAGGACUUUAAACGAAAAUAUUGUCUCUCCAAAAAAGAUUGCUCCUUUGAAGAAGGAACCAGUAGUUGUUUCACCCAGGAAAAGGGGGAAGGAAAAUUAUUUUGAUGGAAACAAUGAUUUAAACUCACAGGCUCAUAAUUUAACACGGAAUCUUGAUGAGAUUAAACAAAAGAGAAAGAAGCAGGAAGGAGAAAAAAAGAUGCACAAUGGCAUUAUAGAUGAUAAUGCCCUUUUGGAGAAGAAGAAUCCUAAAAAGCCAAGACUCUCCAUUGAAGCUUCUAAGAAAGAAGUAAAUGCGGAUGGGAAUGGUUGUGAUGAGAAUGAAGAAGAAAAGAAGGGUGCAAUUCGAACAGAUGCAGAAGUGUCAGUGAGCAUGAAAAAUGAUGAUAGUGUCAUGCCCAAGGCGCCUUCAGACCCGAUUGAAAAAGAAAAGUGCGAAAAAGAUAACACAUUUUUCAAAAAUGUUGAAAUUUUAGACCGUGCGGAUAUUGAUGACGCUGGAGUCAAGCCUGAGAAACUAGUAAAUUAUAAUAAGAUCAAGAACCACAAGGAGAAAAUUGCGAAUGCAGAUUUUGAAUUUGGUAUUCCACUUCCUCAAAGUGCUGACUUAACAGUUGUAGCUGGCAUAGAGUUGCCAGCUGAUGAUGUUGGAGAUGCUUUGCAAUUCCUUGAGUUCUGUGCAGCUUUUGGAAAGAUACUUGAUGUCAAGAAAGGGCAGCCAGAAUCCAUACUUCGAGAACUAAACCAUGGGCGUAGUGGGCGGCCAGCAAAAUACUCUUCAACUGUUCAAUUUCAUAUCCAAUUGUUAUCUUUGAUACUGAAGGAUUCGGGAGAAGAGUCACCAUCAUUGAGCCUGGCAAAUGGAAAAAAUUAUUGGCUGCAAGCUCUUGGGAAAUGUGUCUCUGAAUCUCAGUGUGCUUUGAAAGAACUUCCCUUGGAUUGUUUUGAUCGGGGUACUAAUGGAUAUGAUAAACUAGACUUCUCAAGAAAGCUUAAGCUCCUGAAUUUUCUGUGUGAUGAAACUCUUGGCACUGCGGACAUGAGGGCUUGGAUUGAAGAUCAAAAUAAAAAAUUUAUUGCUAAAAAGAAGGAAGCAAAAGGAAAGGUUCUGGCUGCAAGGAAAAAGAAAAAAUGCAUAAAGCAGAAGCUGCAGGAUGAAGUUGCCAAAGCUAUUAUUGCAAAAAAUGGUGCUCUUUCAAUUUCUGAGCAUGAAGCUAUUGUUUCACAGAUAAAAAAGGAAACAGACCAAGCUCAUGCUGAGUUUCUGGAGGCAAUGGAAGUUGAACCUAUCAAGAAACAAAUCUCGGGUGCUGUUAGAACGGAUCCCAUUGUUUUGGGUGAUAAUGGUUGGGUAUAUUGGAGGUUAGAAGGCUACUCUCGUGAACCAGAAAUUUUGCUUCAAGAAGUGAGCAGCUGGGAUGCGGUCAUACCCAGAGAAAAGUGGUCAGUGUAUACCGUAGAACAGAGAGAAGUGAUUGAAAAAUAUAUAUCUUUUCUAAGGGCAUGUGUGCAUGUAGAGAAUGACUGCAAGAUAUAUUUACGGAAAAAAAGCAUAGAUUAAAAAAGGUCAGCCAUACACUUGCUCCUCCAGGAAGCGAGACAGGCCAAGCAUGAUUCUCAACAAUUCACCUUCUCCAUGAAUUACAAUUGAGAACAGGACCAGAGAUGUAGAGCAUGGAAGGAUGGGGUUGCUACAUGAUUUUUUUGUUACUUUGCUUUCAUUUUUUAUGAUUGCAUAUGGUACUUGGUUCAGCCAUCAUGCUUGCAAAGUGUCAAUUAACAAAUUUUGAUUUCUUGCAUCUUUUGAUAAUCAGUUCUUUGUGCUUAUCAAUGCAAUACAAGAAGUAUGUCUGAUGUUGUAUGUAUGCCCGAGACUAUCCAGCAACUCUCUUUAGUAGGAAAAUAGGUUCUUACUGAAGAAUGUAACACCAUUUGGCUCCCUUGUCUUGUAAAAUCAUGAACUAGCAUUGAUUAAUUGCUAGCUCCCUUUGGUUUAA